UUUCCCGUCUAUUCAACACCAACCGGCUAAGGGGCCAGAAUUCAAAUGUAUUUGUUGCUUUAAUGAAUUGAACUUGAAGGUCUUAGUACGCUGAACGCCCCCCUCGUUCGGUGUCAAAUCAAAUUCUUCUUUUUCUCUUUUUUUUGUCAUGUUAACGUAUUAGUCGCGCGCAGACAGCCUGUGACCUUUUUAUGGGAUGCAAAACAAACUCAGACGGAGCAAGAAAAGCGAACAUGUCGCGUGUCCCUCCGAGGUGAGGGCGUCCAGCUGUUGGGACGAUGGGACGUCACCGGGAAAAGAUUCAGCCUCGCCGCCAGCCGGAAAAAAAACCCCAAAAGGCGUUAAGAUUGCGCCGAUUUUCUUGCUUAAAACGCAGCACGGCGAAACUAAACGAAGCAGCGAGGCGACGCCGGAUCGGCCGGUGGAGAGGCAGCAGGAACCGGUGCAGCUUCCCCGCACGCAAAAGGUGAGAAGUGAGACCGAGAGAAAUAUCUCCUGCAGAGGACAGCUGUCCACCUCAGCUCUGCACAUCUGUCUGGAAGAAAUCCAAACAUCCAACCCAGCCUUUCCAGUCGGAACAGUGUUCAGCACUCUGCAGAGGAAAGCGGGUGAAAAGCUGCAGGACUUUGGAACCACAGCAGCAAAUAAAAGCUCCCCGCAGAACGACCUGCAGGAGAAGAGGAAACGAGGAAACGAUGGCCUCGGGAGGGAGCCCAAGCGUCUGAGGUCUAGUCCCUCUGCAGAGGAACCCUUCUGGGUGGCUCCCUGCCACUCCGCCCCGGAGACUUCUGUCACAAGCAACAAGCUAAGUCGCGCUCACCGGCUGAGGAGGGGCGGUGACCCUGCAGGCCGCGAGCCGUGCUCCGGAUUUGUGAAUCAACCAGCAUCGCGCAGCCAGUCACGCAAGACCUCCGGCCUCCCCCAGAGAGAUUCCAGUUUGGACGACGUCCUCUGGACGGACAAAUACAGUCCUCUGCAUUCCAGUGAAGUCAUCGGCAACUCUGCCUCCGUGGACAAACUGCAAAUUUGGUUGAAGAAAUGGAAACUAAGAGCCGACAGUGACGAGAGGAGCAAAAUGGGCGAAAGGAAACGAGAAGAAAACAGCGAUCACUCGUGGGACUGUGGCGACUUCCAGGGCGAGGUCGGGCCAGAGGACGACGACGGCAGAGAGGCGCCGCCGUGCAGCACCGUGUUGAUCACGGGACCCGCAGGUGUGGGCAAGACCGCCUCAGUGUACGCCUGCGCCCAGGAGCUCGGCUUCAAGGUAUUUGAGGUGAACUGCUCCUCGCAGCGCAGCGGGCGCCACCUUCUCGCCCAGCUGAAGGAAGCCACCCAGUCCCACCUGGUGGAGAUCUCGGGGAAGGACCCACUGGCACCAACGUACUUCAACAACUACGCCAUCAACGGCUGCACUACUAAAUCUGAGACGUUACCUGGAAAAACGGUGCGUCCCAACAUCGCCGCCUCGACCUCAAGAAAUAGAGCGGCAAAGAAGUCCGGCCGCUCCGGUCGCAGCGGGAAAACCAGCGCUCCGGCGGCCACUUUGGCCGACCACUUCAAGAAGAAGGCCAGAGCGGAUCGAGCUCACUUCGGCGGCCCGUUGGCCUCGGAAAAAACAGACGGCGAGAAAUCCGACGACCCGCAGCCGGGCCGCGGUCGAACGGUGCCGAAGAACAGAAAGACGGCCACGUCGCUCAUUCUGUUUGAAGAGGUCGAUGUCGUAUUCGACGACGACGUCGGUUUCCUCGCAGCCAUCAAGACUUUCAUGACCACCACGAAAAGACCAGUCGUCCUGACCACUAGCGAUCCUUUAUUCAGAGAGCGAUUCAAGUGCAGCCUGGAGGAGAUGGUGUUCAAAACGCCAUCGGCGGUGAACGUCUGCAGCUACCUGCGGCUGGUGGCGCUGGCCGAGGGCGCGCGGCUGGAGUCGGACGACGCCGGCGGCCUCGUCGGGCUGUUCGGGGGGGACGUGAGGCGCUGCCUGCUGCAGCUGCAGCUCUGGGUGCUCGGUGCCGGGGCCUCGCCCGAGGAGCCUUCUCGUGAGCGCUACCCGAGUGUUACUGGAAGAGGAGACGACGAAGCUGACCCAGGUAGCUGCACUGCGAGCUCGCUGGGUCUCCACCGCGUGACCCAACGCUACCUGUCAGACCUACUGAUGCGGCAGUUCUGGGCUGAAACAGACAUGAAGGAGCUGCUGGGCCUCCUGGCCGAGAGCUGGAGGGGAGGCGUCCCUCUCCUGUAUUCCAACCUGGAGCUUCUCCUGCCCAUCCAGGCCGGGGGGCAGAACCCAUCGCGACGCGGCAAAAGGAAAUGUGUCCCGGCGGCGUGCGACGCCGCCUCGGCACAAAGAGCAGCAUCAUCGGCAUCGCUACCAAAGGAGGCCGCUGGACCCGGCGGCGAGACGCAAGCGAGCGCCGCCAAAGCGGCGACGGGCCGCUUGGAGGCCCUGGCGGACUUCUUCGACCUCAUGUCGUACCUCGAUUCCACCACGGCGGGCCCACGCCGCCCCGAGGCGUUCGUCUGGACAGGGGCCGAGAUGAAGGACGGCUCGCUGGACGAGAUGAGCGAGGACCACGAGGCGGGCGGGGCCUGCGGGCGAGAGAGGCUGUUGGAGAUCCGGGCGGCCGUCGAGGGCCUCGGGUGUCACAGGUGCUGCUGGAGAAUGUCGGAGGCGUCGACCGAAGCUCCAAAUACCAGACAGGAAGCGGGAGACGCAAGGCGGGGGAGGUCGACGGACGCGCCGUUAUCACCCGCCUCUUCAGAAAGGCCGAGCCUCACCUUCAGCGCUGCGGCGCCGUGCGCACCGAGUGUGUGCAGGAGGAGGUACGGGCUGAGCAGGAAGAUUCUCAGCAGCGCGUCCUUCGGCCUGCUGGGGAGCAGGCGGGCGGUCGCCGUCGACUACGCGCCGGUCCUCCGACGCGUCUGCCGCCUUCAGAGAGCGCGGGAACGCAAAGAGCCGAGCAGGUGUCUGAGGUACCUCGGCAGCACACAGCUGGGCCUCUCGGGGUCCACUAUUCAACUGCUGGCAGAAGAUUUCUCCUCGACAACCUGAUACUCACCUCAGCUCACCUGAAUAACGAUUUUCUCCACCUUUUUGAAUGAAUUGAACACAGCCAAGAUGAGAAAUUGUCUUUUUAUUUACAUGUUUUAUCAUGAAAAAUGAAAUAAAACAAUAUUUUUGACCGACUGUAAAUUAUCUUGAUAUUUUUUUACCUUUUGAUUGUUGGUGUUCUGAUGUGUGCUG